UAAUCCUUUUCGUCUUUUUUUUUUUUUUAAAAAAAAAAUAUUUUUAAUUUAUUUUAUAAAUUCAAUGUUUUUUCUGAACUCAGUGCAAUUUAAUUAGAAUUUCUUUGAAUUAUGUAACACAACCCGUUUGUAUGUAUGCUUUCGUUUUCCUUGACGAAAUUCAACGCGGAAAUCAGAGGGAGAAAGAUCGGGAAAAGGCUCAGGCUCGUGCGGGUAAGGGCAAGACCAAAGGCAAAGAUGACGGUUUGACUCCCGAGCAGCGCCGUGAAAGGGAUGCAAAAGCACUUCAGGAGAAGGCAGCUAAGAAAGCUGCUCAAGAAGCAGGGGGUAGCAAGGCAGGGAGUAAAGACAAGAAGUAACAUCCUUUAAGAGUCGGUGGUUUUGUGUUUUGUGGUUGUGGAUUUGUCUGUUGUUUUUCCUAACCUCAUAAGUUUUCAAUGUUUGAUGUACGAGGUUUCCAUUUUUAAACAUGAGAUAUGUUACUAGAUUUAUUUUUUAUUUUUUAUU